CUGAGGUCGUUUGAGCGCAGCGGAACAGCACAGCCUGUUGGUCCUCUUUCAUUAUCCAUGCAGUCAACGCCAACAUAGGACACGGAAGGACGUGGAAUGGGGGUAUAAAACCUUCACUCCCUCUGACCCCUGCGGCUGCGACUCUCCCUCUCGCUCACGCACACAUCAUAUCACUUGGGUCAGCCAGCGAGCAGCGGACACAUCAGUCGCAAACAACGGACAAGCAGUCAUUUUCCGGCGACCAGAGGAUAUGCUGCCUGACAUUCCCCUCCACCAUCAGCGAUCAAGUUCCAGGCAGAAGAAGAGAACAUAUAAAGGAAAGACACAAGUAGUCAAUAGACGCUACAAAUAAGAAAACCACACAAUGUAUUAACAUCAUAGUGCCUGUCCGAGCAGAGAUCAAGUAACAUACAUCAGUCACGUGCCUGUCCCUUUCCUAUCAAAAUCAAAGGGUAAGAGAUACAGAUAGAGAGGCACAGUAUGGCAGCGGCUGUGACCACAGGCAGCAGCCCUAAUGAAGAACAAGGUGAUGGUGGCACGAAUCCUCGUCCUCAGCUUUCUUGCACCAAAUGCUUCGACGCUUUAUGGUUUUGUUACUCUCCUGUCUAUCAGAUGAAACAAUAUUAUCGGUAUGGGGUGUUUGAUAACUGCUCUGAUAAGUGGAAUGCUCUUUUUGACUGUUUUCAACUUAAAACAAAAAGGUCAUCUGAAGUGCAGGAAAUUCUUGAAUCCCGAGAGAAAAGCAAGCCACAUAUCUGGUCCUACCGGACACCAGAAGAGGCAUCUGUGCAUUGGAAGGAACUUUUUGGCAAUGUCAACGAUCCUUAGUGAUUUUUAUGCUUGAUCCUUUUGUAGCGAGGAAAUUUUGCAUCUGUUGCUUCCUGCCUUUGGAGCCACCGACGUGCUUUCCGUCUUGACUUGGUUCACUUUCCGCUGGAGGAAAACAUUUUACGGUAUUAACGGGAUGGUUUUGGUUGUUUCUUCCACUUUAAAGAUACUCCAAUGAAUUCUUUGACCGAAUAUUGGUCUGUCUUCACUUUUGAAAGUUUUAUUUGUUAAUUACUUUUUGAUAGGCUCUACUGUAAUAUAUGCACUCUAUUGUACUGUUUCAAGGGAUCCUUUCCAGUGCAAGAUGGCUGAGAGGUCACGCA